ACCUCAAGCUGAUCCCCAUUUCAGGAGUCUCUCAGUGACCUGGGGAGUGGGAACUAAGUGAUCGUCCAAUCACUUCAAGAACCAGUUGGUUCACCGAGUCCAUUUGGCUCAACACGGUUCCGGCCUAAGAUGUCCAACUGCGGAUGGCUGGACACAGGUGAGACCCAGAUCGCAAGGUAAGCUCUACAGUGCUGAAGACUCACCACUCACCACCGGCACCUGGGGCUCCAAACGCCUGCUCUUCAUCCCCUACUGCCUCUUCGAUCCGCCACCAGUGGGCGAUCCGCCCAGCGAUCUGAGCCAUGCCAUGCUGCCUUGGCGGAAGGUCUCGGAGGCCUGGUUCCGGCAUGCCUGGGGUCACCCGCAGCUGCAGGUCCGAGGAUGGUGCGUCUCGGUGAAAACCUGCCUCACAGUGCUUCUGUGUCUCUCAGAGAUAGACGUGGACCAUCGCCUUUGGAUAGGCAUUUGCCAAUUCAUUUGCGCGACGUCGCUCUUCCUGCAGUGGUGGCUAGCGAAUCCCACGAUGUUCCUGGUGCGCUCGAUGGCGAACUUUGCGAAAGCCUUCCUUUUCCUCCACCUCAGCGUUUGUGGGCGUACGGCCAUCUUUGACCCCGCCGCAUGCGAGCUGGCGGGCUGGCAGGAUGAACGACAACCCUUCCGCAUCAUCAACGCUUGCUUCAUCCUUCACUGGAUCCUGGUGGCGAUCUCCCUCCUUCUGCAGUUUCUCCUACCCUUGAAGGGUGUCACCGUCGACGUGGGCCAUGAACAGCUGUGGUACCGCGCGCGGCUCCGGGCUACGGCAGUGCCCAUGCACUUGACCUUGGCCUACUUGAAGCCCAAGCUUCGCGGAACACCUUUCGAACGAUCUCACUUGGAGCCGGUGCUCAAUGGUCUCAACGCCGCCAUGGUGUGCAUCAUCGUUUGGUCCCUGGACCGUCAGUGGCGCACCAGCGGCGUGCGCGACGCCCUGGACGCCCUGGAGAGCGACGCCGCGUCGGAAGAAGCCCAGCCCAGUGAGGAAGAACGCUGACCGCGUCUUGCUGUCUUCGACGAUCCCGCGACGCGCGACGGUCGCCAGCUUUGUGUUCCUUGCACGGCCUGU